AUGGCCGCCUCAAUCAAGUCCCUUUCCGCCCUCCUCGCACAGGCGACCAUCGACGAUCACGAAGAGUCUCUCCAGACCGCCAACGCCGCUAUCAAAAAGUCAAAGACAGACACACAAGCGCACCACGUGAGAGCAGUAGCGCUCCUGCAUCUCGAUAGGUUCGAUGAUGCGCUCAAGGUCUUCGAGGGCGUUAAAGAGCUGCAGGAAACGGCGCGCUUUCACUAUGCGUACACGCUGUACAAGACGGGUAAUGCGGCGAAGGCUGUAGAGGUCGCUGGUGCGGAAAUUGAGAACGCGGCCCGCGGCAUGAAGCAUGUGCUUGCACAGGCUGCGUACCGCUCAGAGAAUUUCGCUCAGGCCUCGCGAGUGUACAGGGGACUGGCCAACCAGGGCGCUGAAACCGAAGAAUACGAUAUUCGCAUCAAUUCUGGCGCCACGGACGCGCAAUUAGAGUGGUUUGGGCAAGGCGAGCUUGCUCAGAAAAAGAAGCCGGCACGAGAGGAUCUCGACGUUUUCGAAACGGCGUACAAUGCAGCAUGCGCGAGCAUAGCACGCGGCGAAUUCGCGCAGGGAGAUAUAUGCCUGAAGCGGGCGAUAGACCGUUGUAAUGAGGUGGAAGAUAUGAGUGAUGCUGAGAAGAAGGCUGAGAUACUGCCCAUGAAGGUGCAACAAGUCUACAUCCUCACACAGAUGGGGAAGGUUGAUGAGGCCGAGCAGCUGGCGGCUGCAAUUCCGUUCACUGAGAUCAAAGAGUUGUCGACCCGGCAUAUCGCUCAAGUGAACGGCAUCGCUGCAUCCAAAGAGCACUCGAACCCUUACCUCUCGCAUCGACUUUUCCAUUCUUCGCCUAAGCCUUCCAAGACCGAUCAAUAUUUCUCCUUUCAGACAAACCUCCUCCGCCAAGAUGAAUACGUUAUCAACCUACUCUCACAGAAAUCCUCAGGGGUAGCAUUUUCCACGGAGAAGGUCAUAUCCGCAGCGCCAACACCAUCUCUUUCACCAGCCGUCAACAUGGCCGCAGUCUUGAACGCAGCAGCGCACGCUCGAAGUGCUCCCACUGAAAAGGCUGCACUCAAACAAAUACUACCGCUCCUCGAAAAACGCCCCACAGACGUCGGCCUUAUACUCACUAUCACUCACCUCUACGUCCUCACCGGCAACUAUGCUGCCGCUACGCACCUCUUAGAAUCCUUCUUUGCUCGCCUUUCCCAUUCCGGGUCCGCCUCAAACCUUGAUGUACGCUUCGCCCCUGGUCUAGUUGCCACCCUUGUUUCGCUUUACGUACAGCAAGGCCGCCCUGGAGCCGCAAGAUCAGAACUAUCAAAGGCUGCAGAAUACUGGGGGAAACCGCACAAAUCGAAGACAGAGGCGCCAAGCAAGGCGCUGCUGGUUGCUGCGGGGACAGCGCUUCUGGACACGCAUAAUCAGGAUAACGCUAAGACGGCAGGCGAGAUCUUCAAGGGCUUGUACAACCAAGACAACGAGGACAGAGCGGCCAUCGCCGGAUUGGUAGCCGCUUACAGCGUUACGGACUCAUCCAGCAUCCCAUCAGACCUGACGUCCAUACUUCCCGAAGCCUCGCGCCUCGUCUCGGACAUCGACGCCGUGGCUCUCGAAGAUGCUGGUGUUCCAGCGCUUGCACUGCCUUCCCAACCAUCCGAAUCCCGUAAACGCGCAGCACCAAAGUCAAUUCCGUCGAAGGCGAAGAGGAUACGAAAGGCCCGCAUGCCAAAAGAAUUCGAUCCUAAUAAGAAGAUGGAUGCCGAGCGGUGGCUGCCGAUGCGCGAUCGGAGUUACUACAGGCCGAAGGGCAGGAAAGGGAAGAAGAGGGCUGAAGGCUUUACGCAAGGCGGUAUCGAGGAGAAGGCACCUGUGCAGCAGCAGCAGGGUAGCGGUGGAACGAAGGGGGGAAAGAAGAAGGGCAAGGGGAGGAAGUAA